UGAAAAAUGAAUAAGACUAGUAAAAAGAGUAAAGUUGAUAAGUGUCCUUCAACAUUCACACAAGAAAAUAAAGAAGUAUCGAAGAAAUGUAUUUUAAACGAAAAAAUUCAAGAAAAAAAUGAAUUGAAAAAUGGAUUAGUAAAUGGAAUAGUGCAUGACCCUUCAAAUAUUAAAAAAGCCAGUCGAAGGAGUAAAAAAAAUAAACAUCUCAAUACUGAGAUUAAUGGCGAAUCUAUAGCAAACAAAGAAAGUGAAUCUAAAUCUACACCUAAUGAAAACUGUAUAGGUAAGACUGCCACUCAAAAUGAAAUUUUAGAAGACCAAAGUAGAAAGCACAUAGAACAGAAUUUGACAACAAAGAGUGAUAAUAAUGUAAAUAACGUAGAUAAACACGUAAAAGGCUCUAAAAAAAAGAAAUGUAAUUUAGGGAAAUUAGAUUCAAAUGAUAAUAUAUCAACUAACGUGUCUUGUGAUAAAGAAUUCUCGUCAGAGCAACCAAUAAAUGAAAAAGCAACUGAUAAUCAUGUCGAAGAUAAUUCAGAACUGAAACAAUAUUUAAAAGACAAAGCCGUGGCAUCCUGUAGCAGUAAUAUGUCGAUAGUUAAUGCCAAUAUUACCAAUCCUAAUUGUGGCUCUAACGAUAGUGGUACUGAAUCAAGUGUUUUAGAGGUAACUGAUAGUCUUAGAAGUGUUCAACUAGAAGAUGGAAGUAGUGAAAAAACCGAAAUAAGUCUGGGGUCUGAUAAACCGAAACCUAAAAUAAAUUUUAUACAAUAUGAAUCUGAGUUGCAAAUGCCUAUGAUUAUGAAGAUAAUUCAAAAGGAUUUGUCUGAACCAUAUUCGAUUUAUACCUAUAGAUACUUUAUACACAAUUGGCCAAAGCUCUGUUUUCUGGCAAUGUGUGGAGAGGAAUGUGUUGGGGCUAUCGUUUGUAAACUAGAUUUACAUCGAAAAGUGAUAAAAAGAGGAUAUAUAGCAAUGUUAGCAGUAGAUCAAAAUUAUCGUAACCUUCGUAUUGGGUCGAAUUUGGUGCAAAUGGCAAUCAAUGAAAUGAUUAUAGGGGAUGCUGAUGAAGUGGUUCUCGAAACGGAAGUAACCAAUAAACCUGCUCUCCAGCUAUAUGAAAAGUUAGGUUUCGUACGUGACAAGAGGCUUUUUAGAUAUUACUUAAAUGGUGUGGAUGCUCUAAGAUUAAAAUUGUGGCUCAGAUGAGUGCUUUAAUAAAUUAUCUGUAGAAAUUUUAUUAAUUUUCAAAGCCAUAUUAUUGUUACAUAAUUUGGUUUUGUUAAGACAAGGUAGUUGAUUGUUGAAAUUUUAUUACUGUUCAUUGUUAUUUUUUUCUUCCAGUUAUAUUUUUUUAUAACAAACUGUUACUGCUUAUGACUCGUAGUUUCAAUAUUUAAAAAUGACCAUCCAAUUCUAUAGCAAAUUAUUAAGAAUAUUUUUCUGUCUACUAAAUUUUCUUUACUUUAAACUUUGUCUGUCUUUUUUUAAAUUAUAUCGUUUUAAAAAACAUCGAGUACAUUUUAAGAAAAAAAUAUUUCUCGUUUUUGUGACUGUCGGUAUCAAUUUUUACAUGGAAAGUGGUAACUGUUUGUUAUUGAAACAUAUUCGUUGUCAAAAAAAGUUUAAUUUUAUGUUCUCGUUAGAAAGUGAUAGUUGUUAAUAUAUGGAUUUGAUUUAACUUAUUUUUUUAUUUAAAUAAUGUCCGAGUAAUUCAACUGAUAAAAAAAUUGGUAACACUUGAUGUUCUCAAAUUCAGGGUGUUACAAAAAUUUUCAGCUUUUGUAACAAUUUCAUACUGACAUAACAGAAACAAAUAUUUAUUAUUCAUUAAAAUUAAGAUUAAUGUGUGCUUAAAUAAGUGUUUCAAUUUGAUUUUUCAUGAUUAUCUGUACUAUCUUUUAGACAAGUUUGUCUGUAAUGUAUAAAUUUUUGUAUAUAUUUUAGUGUU